UAUUGACCUCCCACAACCAAUAUGGUAGCAAACCGAUGCAUCGACGCGCUCCUUCUAUAGACGGUGCCAUAUUUGUCAGUACCUGUCCUUGUUUCGAACGCCGCACUGUGCAUGAUGCGAAGCCUCAUUUUCCCCAUCCCAUCCGAAUCAUCCCCUCGCCGACAGUCCUCGAUCCGACUCAGUCAAAUUCGACUCGCCGUAUGAGCCAGUAACGACGGGAAACUACGACCCAAGUCAUUCCUCAUCCAGGCUGAUUGAGCGACCAAUCUCACAAAUUCCGUCACCACAGAACCGUAGGUCGAAUCGCCGACCACAGGGGUAAAGCGCAGGACAGAAGAGAAAUACAAAAGCUAGACGAUAGACAUUAGACAUUAGAGCUACGCAAGGAUGGCUACAGGCAGCACAGACACAUACAUGGACGGCAAUGGAGCAGAGUUCAACAUUUCCACUUUCGACCUCCUGCUCAUUGAACUGGUGCCGCUCGCUGAACGCAUGGCCCGGGCAUACGAAGCCUCGCUCGACCGACCGGCAACGGGCUCUGUUGCGGCACAAGGGACGUCGCAAGCACGAGCUGCUGGACAAGUUGUUGGACAAUCGACAUCAAUGCCAGCAUCAUCGGCCAAUGAACCGAGUAAUACAACCGGGGCGCCACUGGUCGCCGCCGUCGCGCCUACCGCAGCAUCUUCAUCACCGACUCCCUCUCCCUCUCCACUCGCCGCCGACGGCGAACCUGCGACCGACAUCUACCGUGACAGUGUCUAUGUGCGACUGGAAAGGCUCGGCUUCCGUGUCGGUCAGGGUCUUGCUGAGCGCUUCUCUCGCGACCGUCCUCGAUUCACCGACCAGCUCGAUGUCAUCAAGUUCGUCUGUAAAGAUCUAUGGGGCAUCAUGUAUAAGAAGCAGAUUGACAAUCUCAAAACAAAUCAUCGGGGUGUCUUCGUCCUUACAGAUAACAAGUUCCGUCCGUUCUCUCGCAUGAGUAUGGCGAGCAGUGCUGAAGCCGUGGCCCGGGCUCAGACGCAUCUCUUCUUCCCCUGUGGAGUAGUCAGGGGCGUCCUGUCCAGCUUAGGUAUCAAGGCCACGGUUCAGGCUGAAACAAACGAGCUACCAUCGGCAACGUUCCAGAUCAAAACGGCACAGGCCAAGACCUGAUCGGGGUCAAUUCCACCUGUCAAGAGUUCACUUGUGUGGGGCUGCUUCUGGUCUGGAUUUACGGCCAAUGUGAUUGGGAUCUAAUUCAGAGAUCAAGUCUCACUAAGCUAUUUCGGAAAUACAAAGUCCGUUCUGCACGCUGGUGUCGCCAGCUGACAACGAAAAGAAAGAAUCGGUCGUUGGCGGCACGAAGACUUUUCCGAGAUCAAAGUUUGAAAUAUUCAUCAUUUCAUAAUGGAUCUCAUAACCUGCACCGAUGGCAAUGCCCUGUUAGUUUGGGUUGCCGGUGUUUGUGUAUGAUGGAAUUGUCAAGGCUCGAGACAAAACAAUAUUUGGGGGCAGGUAGGCUCAUUCUUCGGGGGAUGCCUCAGAAAUCGCUCACGUCCUACCUGUGAAAGAUUUGGGUUAGGCGAUCAAAACAAAUGACAAGAAUGAACGCUGAAAAACCUACUUGGGUGGGUUGGUGAUGAAGCUGACACCUGUCUCAACAUUGGUCUUGAGGCCUUUGAUAGCUUCAUCGAGCAGUUUCUUCUCAUAGUCGUUCGCAUCGGCGAGGAUGUUGAAGGCCUUCUCGGCUCCAUUGACCUGGAAGAAAGAUCAGUUUAGCCGUGGUUGUGAGAGGUUCCAGUUGUACUUACACCAAGUUCGACGGGAACAGAGAAGUAGUCGACGCCGGUAGCUUUGGCAAUGGCAUCACCACCUUCGACACCUGGGAGAUACACAAAGGUGUUCUCAACAAUACCCUUCUCGCCCUUGGCGGCCUUCAGAAGAGACUCUGCGAAUCUGAAACCGGCGUAGGCCAUGGAGAGAGUGGCAGAACCAGCACCAUCCUUGGCCUUGACGACUUCGUCACCUCCGAACUGAACGCGGUUCACCAAUGCAUCGAGCUUGUCGGCAGGGAUGCUGACGGAAGGCUUAGCCAAGCUGAAGAGGGGCACAAUGGUGUUACCGGAAUGGCCACCGACAACUGGGAUGUUAAGUUUGCGAGGGUCUUUCUCUCCGACGAUGCCUCCUACGAAAGUCUCGGCACGCACGACAUCAAGGGUGGUGACACCGAACAGCUUCUUGGGGUUGAAGACGCCAGCUUGCUUGAGGACCUCAGCGGCAAUGGGAACGGUCGAAUUGACAGGGUUGGAUAUGAUGGCAAUGGUGGCCUUGGGAGCGUACUUGGCGAUGGCAACGACAAGGUCUUUGACGAUGCCUGCGUUGAUCUUGAAGAGAUCAUCUCGGGUCAUGCCAGGUUUACCUGUGACCAGGGUCAGACAUACUUUGUGGCUUGGGGAUGAGCUUUGUAGGCUUCACGUACGGGGUACACCAGCUGGAAUAAUGACAAUGUCUGCACCAGUCAGAGCCUUCUUCUUUGCCUCCUCUGUCUCGGGCUGUUCGCCCUUGAAAUCGCCCUUGGCAGCUACAGUGCCC